AUGGCCGACACUCCCGUUACCCUGCGGACUCGCAAGUUCAUCCGCAACCCCCUGCUUGCUCGCAAGCAGAUGGUCGUUGACGUCCUCCACCCCAACCGCGCCAACGUCUCCAAGGAUGAGCUCCGCAGCAAGCUUGCCGACCUCUACAAGGCCAACAAGGACCAGGUCUCCGUCUUCGGCUUCCGUACGCAAUACGGUGGUGGCAAGAGCACUGGAUUCGCUCUGGUCUACGACUCCCAGGAGGCCCUGAAGAAGUUCGAGCCUCACUACCGUCUCGUCCGUAUCGGUGCCGCCGAGAAGAUCGAGAAGCCCAGCAGACAGCAGCGCAAGCAGCGCAAGAACCGCUCCAAGAAGUUCCGCGGUACCGCCAAGACCAAGGGCCCCAAGAAGAGCAAGAACUAAGCGCGCUCUCUACCUGUCGAACUCUUAUGGAUAUGGAUCGGAUGGGAAGGAUUGUUGGUUGCGGCCAGGGGCUAGUGCUAAAGCUAUUGAUGAGAACCCUGUGGUGGUGAUUGAUGGAUUCGCAUUCACAUUUGCGUAUGCGUAUGCAUAUGCAAUACACCAUACCAUACUAAGGCUAUGUAUGCUAUGCUAUGCAAAUAUAGUUAUCAUGCCAUGACGAUGACAGGGGGCAAUCUCAGCAAUCACAAUCAAAAGAAACAAAAAAAUUAUCAAAAUUUGAGAUUUGGGGGUUCUGGAUUCUUAUAUCUCAUCUUUUUUCUUCAUUUU